CGCUGUGCGGCCAGGAAGUGUCUGCUGCACGAGUUAUACAGAGUGUGCUGCUGGUGAGACUGACACCCUGAGACAUAUUGCAAGAGACAGCCUUCUUUAUAUCUCCUUUGGUAAGAAACCCUUUGGCACACUGGAACAACACUGUGUUGACGGGUGCUAUCUCUCCAGCUUGGAGAAUGCAUUCUACCAGGUGGUGUAUACUGAACUGGACAAUUUUGUGCACCUUGGAGACCGUAAAACAGUCCUUCUGUUCCCUCCGGUUUCUAGCCGUCUACGAUACCUGAUUCACCGUCUUACAGAGCCUCACACUGCCCUGAGCAGCUUCUCUGUGGGAGAGGGAUGGCAGCGUCGCACUGUUAUCUGCUUUGCUGAUAUCAGGUUGCCUGUACCUGAUGAAGAUCCCAGGAUCAACACCCGCCGAACAAAUUCUUCAUGGAAAUGGAAUUCAUACAACAAGUCAGGAAGAGGAAAAGCUAACUAUAAACAGAGAAAGAAUUGGAGACCAGAUGCACCACUACAUGAUUCUAGGGAUAGGGUUUGGAGGGAAGAGAGAGGGGAGGGUCGAGGUAGUAAAAAUGGAAAAGAUGGAAGGUACAGAAAUAGGGAGGUAGGAGAGUUGGAAAUGUGGAAUAGAGACUGCUGCAAGGGGGACCAGCAUGAAACAGGAUUGAAAGAGAUGAUAGAAGGCCUAACUGAUAAAGAUUUGAGUAGUGAUGUGGAAACUAGCCAGUGUUGCCUUGACGUGGAAGCCGGGAAGUCUAGUGAUAAUGUAGUGGAGGUAAAGAGCACAGGUGAUGGUUUGAAGCAAAAACAUUUUAAAACAGGUCUUUUGGAGAAGAAUGAAUGCAUAGAAGAUGGGGGAAAAGAGUGUGCACAGGGAGUAUACAAUAUGCAUGAAAAAAAUAGCAAAAUUAAUGAUGUCAUGGAAUUAGAAGAGGGACCGAAAAGUAAUAAUAUGGAAAAAGAGAAGAACAAGGCACAAAGUUCAGAAUCCAAGAAAGUGGAGGAAAGUAAACCUGCAUCUUGUGAGCAUGAUAGGAGUUCAGAAGUAGGUGAACUUGGCAUGGCAGAAUUAAAUAUUUCCGAGACCCAUAGAAUGGCUACAAUUACCUUGAAUGAUUGUCCGGGAGCCGUAGAACUGGAUCUGCUGGCAAAGACUAAAUCUACAGUGCCUGUGUCCUCUGAUCACCAGGAACAGCUUCCAGAUUCUGGGAGCACAGGAAGUGAAAUACAAGUAAAUGUAAUGGAUGCUAAAACCUUUGAAACGGGUACAGGGGAAUUUGGGACACUGAAUACAGUGGAUAUGGAACCUACAGGACAAACUGGACUCCUUUCAAACUUAAUACCAGAGUGUCUUAAUAGUGCUAAAGUGCUGAGGACAAAUGAAGUUUUGUGCACUCUGACAGAAGAGGAGCCUGUUGGAGAAAGUGAGGGAAGCGUGAAGCAACAUGACUUGAGUAAGGAGACUGUAGACAAACUGGCACCCAGUACCUGGAUAGAACACCCAGACGAACUGGAGCAAAUUUUGAGCGAGAUCCGCUCCCAUGUAUCUGAAGAAAAUGUGUGCAUUCAGCCUCUCCUCGGGGAUUACGCAGAGUUUAAGGAAAUUCAAACAGACCAUGGAAAAUUUGGCCAUAUUAUUGAGGUGUAUGGCUUUACACCUGAGCUUCACACAGCAGAUCUAGAGGAACCUUUCAUGGAGUACAGAGAUCGAGGUUUCCGUCUACAAUGGGUUGAUGAAGCUCAUGCCCUGGCAAUAUUCUCCAGUCCAGAGGAUGCUUAUGCAGCUUCUUGUCGGAUGCAUUCAGCAAUGAAGUUCCGUCCCCUUUCUCAAGGCAGCCGUUUGUCCAAAAUAGUAGCUCAUGAGCAAGCAGAUGUUCUACCUUUCAAGGAGAGACCACAAUCCGAUGUUUCUGUAGCAAAGCGAAUGCUUAACAGGGCCCUGGGCCUGCCGAAGCAAGAGGAGGAACCUCCCUGCAUGGCAGAGAAUGAUUUGUAGUUAUAUGCCUGCAGUGGAGAAGGGAGGAAUCCCCUUGCAUGCUGCACCUUUGUCCAUAUUUGGGAGUUAAUUUGAUCUGUUUGAACUAUUAAAAUAUGUGCAACUACAUGUUAAAGGAGAUAGUAUAUCUAUCUCAUGGGGCUGAUAGCCUGCAGGUGGCAUGGUGUUGUAACCAACAGUCCACAUCACUUAGGCCAUAUAAAUGGUGUAACUUAUUUUUUUUUCUUUG